GUGCGCGGAGGGUGGGAGGUCGGAGGUCGGGCGUUUCCAGAACGUCCGACCCCCGCGGUUGUGGAGAUGGGGGUCUGCCGUUUGGAGAAGGGCGGAUCCACGAUCCUUGACGAUGCGAGGGGGGGGCCGUCGGCUCCUCGCGCGAAGUGCUUUUGUUUGUUCCUCAUGUUUUCUUUGCUUGUGCGUUUCCUUUGUUUGUGUCCUCUAGGUCAACCUGCUGCUUCGACCUCUCGGGCAUACGACAGGUCAAAGAUCUACAACAACAAACCAUGGGCUCUGGACUGGGUUGGUGGUCUGCAUAAGCCUGGGUGUGGGGCCGUCGUCUUCUUGAGCGACGACAAUGGUGCGACGUGGUACUGCUGUGGGGGUGUUGAGAAAUCUGAGAGCGCCAGGAAUACCUACGACGGGAGGUCGUUCAGAACCUUCUUUCUUACGUCAGUUUUCGACAAGGAUGGGACAAAUUGGGUCAAGGAAGACAAGAAGGUCGGCCUUGACUUGCGACUUUUUCAAGGCUACGACGUCAAGGCUUUCUCCAUGAAAGCGUUUGACGUGUGCGGGGACGGCGCCGAGCUUCGCAUGCUCACUGCGGAACAAUUCCUCAGUAGAACGAACGGCUACCGCGUCACUGGCUGCCUUCCUGUCGUCGACAGUUCCUUGGAGCUCACCAAACCCUUCGUGAAAUUCAGCAGCCCGACGGACCAACUACCAGGUGUUGUUAAGGAGUACAGGGAAGCCUUCUCGAGGCUGCCUCUGGACCAGCAAGCUGAGUGCGCUUUUGUGCCCUUUGUCACGAGCUCGAGGAAAUCGCGACAGACGCCAUCCGCACCGGUUGGGAAGAGGAAACAGUUGGUUGCUUGUCCAGCUCCGCCUUUGCCAGCCRCSUYGCCCUCGCCYUUGCCCGCGGUGAGGGGAGGUCASGAUCUCGCUCAAUGUUCCAGCGAGGCUACGCAGUAMGAUGACAGACUUAUGUGCGGACGCAAUGCUGCGCGCGACAGUGUCCAGGAAGGUGCGACUGCCCUGAUUGAGCGAAACGAGGAUGAAGAAGAUGGGGGAAGCUGUGGUGAUGGCGGUGAUGAGGAGUACAUGGACGUUGGGGAUGAGAACAUGCAGGACCAGAACAUGCUUGGCGAUGACGACGUCGGUGUCACGUCGGAGCAUGGCCCUGGGGACAUCCCCGCCGGUUCUGUGGGAACCGCGGUUGGUCGGCCCUUGUCGUCCCCUGCGAUAUGGCAUUUGCAAGGCGGGAGUCAGGGUGGGCAUGACUUGCAGGAGCACGGAAGAUCAAAGGACACGUUCCACAAGUUGGGGCGUACGAGACUGAAGGUGUGGGAGUACCUGUUCCGCGAUAUGCCACAAGGACGGCUUGACGGGAAAUAUAUAUACAGGAAAGCAAAGGCAACAGAGACCCUCAAACAUUAUCACGGUGCUCUCACUGGCGCCUUUGAGACUUUUGUUGCUCGAUGCGAGAUCCUCAAGUUCGAUCUUCGCAAAGACCAAUUGACAUCCAAGGACUACGCGGAGCUCGCGAAAUCGGGCGAUGGCUUUAACCCCGUCGACAGCGAGGAAGAUUCUUCGGACUCCGACCUCGAACUAGGAGAGGACACAUGUGCUGAGGUUUCGCGCGUAAGAUUGGUGCAAGAUCACGAUGACAGAACUGUCCAUUCACAUGGAGGGUCCAUCAUGAUGGCUGCCCCAAGCGUCGCCUCAAUGGUGGCCCCGUCGGAGACUGCUGCAUUGCAAGACAUUGGAAGAUGCGGUGGCAAUGAAGGAGACGACAUUGAGAUACCAGGCGAGGCGUCGACGCUCGCACCAGGCGAUGCAAUUCCUCCAGGCUACUGUGCUGACCCGACACGAUAUAUUUCUUGGAGGGCAAACACACCCACACAGGCGAGGAUCAGUGGGGCCAUGACAUCAUAUGGCAUGAGGGCGUUUUACAGCCGUGCAUCCAAGAUGGGGAGUGGAAGAUGGCGGUGAAAUACACAAGCGGUUGGAAGACUUUUCAUCGAAUGUUAAAAGACAUCUGGUUGAAAAUGACAGAACUCGCGAUCUUGCAUCGUUUGCGCGUCGAGAAUCAAGGGCAGAGCGAGGC